UUUUAUCAAAUUUGUAUGUGGCUCGUGCAAGGGCUCGUAAACCUCUAAUUAACAUGCUCCCUCCCAACGGGCAAGAAUGUGACAUCGAUCGAUCGACUGCAUCAGAGUUGCAUCUGGACGUGGCGGCGGGCGUGGAAUGUGCAAGAGAGGCCGACGAUGCACGACACAUGAACGCGAGAUGGAGCGGAAAAUUCAGAGCGGAGAAUUUGCAAUUGGACAGCACGAGGCAUGAACGCGAGAUAGAGCGGACAAUUUGCAAUUGGACAGAGGGUCAGGGCGGGGCGGGGCGGGGCAGGGCAGGGCAGGGCAUGGCAUGGCACAGACGCAGGCUUGAAGGUGCUUCUUGCUUCGCAGUCGAGCAUGGACGAUGACACGGCGGCUUGAGCCAGUCGCGGCGGAUGUCGAGUGGCGUAUACUAGCGCUUGCCACCAUCACGCGAGAGAGGAUCACAGGAGUUAAAUGUUCUGUGUCGAGCGGGCCAUCAGCGAGCUAAACCCUACCAUCCGAGCAGUCAGCUCCAUCUCGCCCCAUAUACUCAUAUAGGACAUUAACAUCCAGUCAGUCGACGACUAAAUUUUCUAGCUACUUGUCGAUAAAUCGUUUAGAGGGGAGCAGUGGCUAGGGUUAGCUGAGAAUCUGCGCAAGUUUUCGAAAUGCCCCGUUAUACGACUUCGCAGACGUAUACGGAUGGAAACACGCAGAUUGUAGCUUUGCCAGAACAAAACCAGGUUCAGGGUACCGGUAACCAAAUUGUUGAAUAUAGAGGAGAUGGAGCUGUAGCUGACAGAAAGGAUGAUGAAGACUUGGAGGAGAAGUUACGGCGUAUCAGUGAGCAGGUGCCAGUUCGCAUCAGCAAUACUUCAGGCAGUUCUGCUGGUUCUGGCUCUGGAGACUUUCAUCAGUAUCGACAAAUGCGACGAAGAGAGCAGGAUCGUUUGUCCCGGAUGGAGCUCGAUUAUAUCAAAAGGAAAGAGGAAACCGAAUUUUUGGCCCGACGUGAGGAGAGGAUUCUCGCUGCCGAGGAACGUACAGCCAAGAAAAGAGCGAGGCGCUUGAAGAAGAAGGAGAAUAAAAGGGCUAAAAGGCCGCCAAGACCACCUACAGAUCAACCUAGUUCUGGGCAGAGGAAUGAAGAAGAUUCCUCGAAUGACGAAGAAAACCCCGAUGAUAAGCAGACAAAGAGCAAUACAGGUGGAGGAAACAUCUCGCAGGAUAGGACUGCUGUCGCAACUCCUCAUGUUUUUUCUAAGUCACGGUGAUUGCAAUUUUUUAAAAGUACUCACCUUUCAGUCGCUGUAGUUUGGGUAGGAAACAUCUAGAAGAGUAACUUCUGUCUUCCAGGUGCUCAGGGAUGUAUCUAAACUUUGAGAAAUAGAAUAGCAAUGCUCCUCGUUUUGCAACUAGCUAUCAACCCGCUGCUCAGAAUAUCAUACCUUAAUCGCAAGGAUAUGGGAAGAGGAAGGGCAGCACAAAUAGGACGGUCUUUCUUUCUUAUGAAAUCACUUCUGCCAUUUGUAAUUUGUGGCAACGUGUUGGUUGCUAAGAUGUUGGGCUGUUUUUGUCAAUUGCGUCUCACUUGGCGUGCAUCAUCGCAGUACUGCAUCAUGAGCACGUUCGUACCUGCCUUUGCACGUUACUGAGUCCCAUCCGCGACGUGGGACUUCCAAGUCUGUACAUUUUUGCAAUCAGUUUUGACCGAGUUUCGAUUAUUCAA